GUAUGUUCAUAAACAACUCUAGGCUCUUUGGUAACUUACUCAGCUCUUCACUUGCAUAAGAAGUCCAAAUAAAUAGCAAAUAUUUACUUUUUCUGUAUUUUGCUUAUUCUUUAAUAUCUAUUUUAAAAUUUUGCAUACAUUCUAAGGGCAACGAGUCAGCCCGCAUUGUAGUCAAUUCCCAUAGGUAUAUUUAAUUCUGAGAAAAGCAUUCAUGGUAUACUUCCAAGUAUAUUGCACAAUUAAUUGAUACAUACAUUUUCCAGCUUUCGCCCUAGUUGAAUGACAGCAGUGGGCGUAUUAACAUUAUAGUUUUGCUUGAGCACAAAAGAAUAUUACAUUGACUUACAAGGAUUAUUUUUUAAAUUUAUUAUACUACCAUGAAAAGUAUUUGAUGAAAGAUUUACAAACUGCACAUAAUGCGAAAUGUGCAAAAAUCCUAAAACUGGGGCUUUAACAGUGGCCGUUUGGAGUUCGUUAAAAUGUCCUCUGAUGCCGAUGUAAUGGAUCAAUAUAAUUAUAUACAUAUUGUCUUUUACAAGAUUUCAAUUUUUCUUGUGUGGAUACUCUUACUGUACGUGUACAUUACUCGAGAUAGGGAUACGUUUUUUUGGUGGGGCGAUGGUUCGGCUUCAGACAAGUACUUUAUUUGUCUCGGAAUAUCUUCCAUAAUUUGGGUGUUCACUACAGCACUGCUUUGGUUUGGAUGGUGGGAGGAACAUCUCGUCUCCAUCCAAGCAUGGUUGGGAAUAAAUAUCUCAUUUCUUGUAUUGGAAAUUAUUGGACUUUUGUUCACUGGAUUGAAAGGAUUUGGAGCUCUAGUCACACAUAUAAUUGCUUUCCUGAUGGUGUACAAUUAUGCCGAAAUGCUUAAUGAGAAGAAAGGUGGAGUUCCAAUGGAAAGAUUUGUGUAACUAAUUAAAUAGAUGAGUAAACUAUGUGUAUGUUUAUACGAAAAUAAAUUAAUCUUAUACAAUUUGUA